UUCAACACAAAGUUUCACGCCAAAAAUAUUGAUAUGUUGCACGCGCAUAUGUACGUGUGUGAGUGAUUACAAUCACCAAUCCUAGACACAGUAUUAUCACGUUUCUCUAUGACUGAUUAUCACUGACUCAGAAGGAAUCUCAGGCGACUAGGACCGGCUUUACACUAUAUAUACUAGAAACAGAUUACUUCUUAUUAAUUCUAUUAAACAAAGAAAAGUGACAAAUAUUCAUGGCAAGUAUGGGUAAAAGAGGAAAAAUUCCUAAAGACGUUCAAGCCAUAUUCGACAAAUAUGCACAAAGCAAUGUAAAACGAUUGUCCCGGCAACAUGCUAUAGAAAUGUUACAACAAGAGUUUGGAAUGACUCAACAAGAGGCUAUGGUUAUGUUUGAAACUUUUGAUAAAGAUAAAAAUGAAAUAAUGAGUAUUUGGGAAUUCCAACAGUUCUACGAAACAGUAGGAGCAGAUGCAGCAGAUGUAGUAGCCAAAUUCCACGAACUUGAUAAAGAUAACAGUCUGAAAUUAGACGGAGACGAAGCCAGAGCAGGCUUAGAGUCUAUGGUUACCGGAACUGGAAGAAAAUUAGAUGAAAAAGAAAUACAAUUUUUCUUAAUGACUGCUUGUGAUGAUACUGGUGCUAUUGAUCUUGGCAUGUUUUCCAAUUUGUUAUACAGACUGAAACUUUAUAAGGCUGAGCCACCCAAGAAGGGCCAGAAAACGCACAUUAUAGGCGACGAAACGGAUUAAAAUGUUGUCAAGGUCUAUGAAAUUUACAUUAUUCAUCAAUAUUCAUUGUAGAUUAAUAUGAUUUUAUACGAAACAUUGUAUAUUUUAUUUAUAUAUAAGGGAUAAUUUAUAAAAUUUCAAAUUGUAAAUUAAUGUAAGAAUGCAAACGAAUUAUACAUAAAAAGUGAUAUACCUGUCAAUUUGUAAAUUUAGCGUAUUAGAAUUCACGAUGUAUACCAUUCAAGAAUUAUAUGAUUUUAAAACCGCCUUAAACCAAUCGGGCCUUAUUCUUAACUAUGUAGAAAAAAGGAGAGUCAAAAUCAGCCAAUGUCUUACUUUUAAAAACUGAUAUUAGGAAAAAAGCAGAUACAAAUUUAUAUGUCUUACGAGCAAUACCAUGUCUUUUAGGAGAGCAUCUCAAAAUUCUCUUCACAGUUCAAUUGUAAUAGCACUUUAAAUACUCGAAUCGUGAUAAUGGAAAAUCAUGGCAUUGUUGGUUGUUUUCGACUUACGAUCGCGAGUUGACUGCUCAUUUCAAACUACCAUGUGCGGAAAAUUAAACACUUAUAAAGAUUUUCCUUUUCGAUAACAAAUGUUUGUUUCGGUAUUUUCACCGAUUCUCUAAGAGCACUUACUUGUUUAACGCCGCGAUGGUGUCUGAAAGCCAUUAGAAUAAUUAUGCAGAUUUGUGCAGAUCGCCAGAUAACAUGUUCAUUACAUGUAAACAUAUAUAUCGUUAGCUUCAACUACAAAUAUAUUGAUUACAUGUGACCUCCUCGAAUUCCUCUGAAUCGGUAAUUUCGACAACGUUUUUACGUCCGAUAUGUUGUCUAGUGUUGUAAAAUGAAGGGUAAUGGUCUUGUAUCUGAGAUAUACUGAGUAAAUAUCUGAACAGAAAUUAUUUAAGAUUUCAUAUUUCAGAAAUAAACUAUACCUUUAACCAUCACAAUAAAUAAAUUAUUGGAGCAAAAAAGGUUCAAUUUGUAUACUCGACACAAUUGUUUUUAUUUAAAAUUUAUUUCUGCCACUUUAAAAAUUUAUUUAAAUUUGAAAUUCUUUAUCAAAAUAUAUAAAUACAUGUGUCUGUUGCUUUACUUGUAUACAUACAAGAAAAUAAGUUAAAAAAGAAGAGUUGUAGAAAAAAGGGACAUAAAUCCUUGUCUUUGUAUUUAUGAUCAGUUAUCAAAACUUUAUAGUGUAAACUAGACAUGUAAAAUGUUUAUAUUUAUUCGCUUUAACUUUGAAAUAUUUUAAUAUACAUCCUCAUAAUUCAUUCAUUAUAUAGCUUCAAAUCUUGUCUGCAUCGGGAACACAACUGUUAUCAAUUUAACAAUAAUAACUUCAAACCUCCGUACGGAUAUAAAUAUUAUUUAUUCCAUAGCCAAAUUAUUUUGUAUAUUACAAUAAAAGGUAUUUUUUCUA